AUGCCUAGCUAUGCUGACUCUCCACUUUGUUUGGUAUUGCCGGACAAUGGUUGGCGAUCGGAAUACAGAACCUACACAAUCUGUAUUGGGUGUUGUGGCGCCGACCGUCAAAAGCCGUUGCUCUAUGAAAUAGUUGCCAAAGGUUCUAGCGGGGCCAACGAUGUAGUUAUGUUAGGCCCAAGUGAGAAUUUUGAGGGUGAUUUAGUUGAUUUGGUAGGAGUGACUGGGUUGGGUAUUGUAAUCGCUAUUGAUUCAAUUAUCGAGGAAUGUUGUCAGUACAUGAAGAAAACACCAGAUCAAGAGCCAGUUGCCACCACGGUUUUCACGGUCCCGCACGCUGAUUAUCAUCCCAUUGCCAACAAAGUCCACAUGACCACCGGUUUUCAAGACAUACCUUCCCAAAAUGAUACCGGGAACAAUGAUGGUGUUAAUGUGCUCAAGAAACCAAAGAAAUUCAAGCCUAGGUCCACAACUUCAAGUAUUCAGCCACCAAUGACUCCUCAAGAAGGUAUCAGCAGUGUUACAUUUGGUUACACUGAUAAAUCAUCUUUAUUGUUGUCAUCAAGCACAGGACACUCGGCCUCCACAUCCAAAACUUUGGUGGAAGAAUUGUCGACCACAAACACUGACAUUCCAGAACAAGUGCCCAAGAAACAAGCCCGUUAUCAACCCAAGCGCAAGAUUACAAACCCCACCUACAAAGAUACUUAUGUCAAAUCUUGA